AUGCAAAUAACUUUGAAGACCUUACAACAAGAACAAUUUAAAUUAGAAGUUGAACUCUCUGAUACGAUCCUUUCUGUCAAAGAAAAGAUUGAAAAAUUGAAAAGUCAUCCUGUUACCAAUCAAAAAUUAAUCUUUUCUGGGAAGAUUCUAGAUAAUUCAAAAACAGUUCAAGAUUAUAAUAUUAAUGAAAAGGACUUUUUGGUAGUCAUGGUGUCCAAGCCAAAGGUUACUAAAGCAACUACUCAAACCUCUUCAUCCAGCAAAGAAACUACUACUGAAUCAAACAAAACCAAAGCUUCAAACACAGCCGCUAAUACUUCUACAGCAACUUCGACUACGACAGCUACUUCUGAUGUUUCCUCAAAACCAGUUUCUGAAACAACUACUGAUAUUACUCCAACUACUACUACUACUACUACUACUACUGCCACUACCACUACUCCUCCUACAACAACCAAUCAAGGAUCAAGUGAUAGUCAAUUAGUUACUGGUGCAGAAUUGGAAAAAGUUGUACAAAAUAUGAUGGAAAUGGGAUUCGAAAGGGAACAAAUUAUGCGUGCUCUUCGUGCUAGUUAUAAUAAUCCUGAACGUGCUGUGGAAUAUUUAUUCAAUGGUAUUCCUGAAAGUGUUGAAAGGGAAUUUCAAUUUGGUCAAGAACAAUCUCAACAACAACAACAACAACAACAACAGGAAAGUGAAUCAACAUUAUCAUCUACCGAAAAUGCACCUACCUCUCCUUCUACCACAACUGCAAAUCAACCUCAAAAUUUAUUCACAGCAGCUCAACAACAACAGCAACAGCAACAACAACAACAACAAUCCACUGGUGGUGUUGACUUUUCUCAGUUACGUAAUACUGCACAAUUUCAACAAUUACGUCAACUUGUACAAACCAAUCCUACAAUGAUUGCUCCUCUUCUACAACAACUUGGUCAAUCAAAUCCAGAAUUACUUCGUGUUAUCAAUAGUGAUCCUCAAGGUUUUUUACAAGCUCUCACGGAAGAAGGAGAUAAUGCAGGUGUCCCACAGGGUUCUCAAGUUAUUCAGGUGACUCAAGAAGAAAAGGAAGCUAUUGAUCGAUUAGAAGCCUUAGGAUUUGAACGAGCAUUAGCCAUUGAAGCCUAUUUUGCUUGUGACAAGAAUGAAGAAUUGGCAGCCAACUACUUACUUGAACGUGGUCUUGAUGAUUUUGAUUGA